GCAGUCGCGGUUCUGCCUCCGCGGGGGGAUCGCGUGCUUACGUUAACACCAUGCGGCCGUACCGUUGCUCGCACACCGCUCUAUUUACAAUCCCGCAUGCAAAAAUUGUUAACAAAACACCCUCUCGCCGUACUCGCAUCGCGAUCAGUUGAAUAUGACUGUGCGCCGUUACCGAACUAAACAUGUGUUUGGCGAUAUAUGACAAGUGAUGAAAAUGAUAUGGACACAGUGCGGUUUAAAAUGAUAAUUACCGCGAUAUUCUUUUGUUUAGUGAUGGGCGCGGUGCUUACGGAAGCGCCCGACGAUGCAGAUGCCUGUUUCCGUGUGUCCAGUGAGAGUGGUGAGGUGGAGUGCAAUGUACGAACGCUGUCGUCGGACAGGGCCGUCGUCGGUUCGAUGCUCUCGGACGGCACUCGGCGGGUCGCCCUCCGAUGUAGCCCGUUGUUCCUAGAGAGCACGCUACGCGAUCAUCACUUUGGGAAGAUGCAAGGUUUGGCGGAGAUCUCCAUAAAUAACUGUAAAAUUCUCCGACUUCCUGGUAAUGUUUUCGAAGGAUUACGAGGGCUAAAGACUUUGAAGAUACGGUCCAUGAAUAACGAAUGGGGCAACAAUAAAGAGCUAGAGCUUUCGCUGGGCGCUUUUAAUGGCCUAAGAGAACUGCACACUCUGGAUUUAGCUUUCAACAACAUCCGGAAGAUCCCGUCAGACUUGUUUUGUGCGCUGGAAAAUAUAAUUUCGCUCAACUUGACACAAAACAAGAUCAAGUUCGUCGAUGAAUUGGGUUUUGGUCAUAAAUGUGGAUCUACAUUACAGAUGAUAGAUCUGAGCCAUAACGAUAUUAUGUCCCUUCCGGCUGAUUCCGAAAUACUGCAUUUACGAAGACUGACGCAACUUUUUUUACAGAAUAAUAAAUUAAGUGAACUGCCAGGAGACGUCUUCAAUGAUUUGCUUUCACUGAAAGUUGUAAAUCUGUCUGACAACGCUAUAAAUUAUUUACCAGAAGGGUUGUUUUAUAACACAAGAGAGAUUCGUGAAAUUUAUAUGCAAAAUAACGAGUUGGAAGCUUUGCCCAAGAGAAUAUUUAAUCGGUUGGAACAAUUGCUCGUUUUAGAUCUUUCGGCGAAUAAAUUGAGGAGCGACCACAUAGAAGAUGAAACGUUUGGUGGUCUAAUAAGAUUAAUCGUGCUUGACCUGUCGCAUAACGUGCUCUCCCGGGUCACCCGCAACAUGUUCAAAGACUUAUUCUUUUUACAAAUACUUAAUUUAAACAAUAACACUAUAGCAUCCAUUGAUGACAAUGCUUUUUCACCACUUUUCAAUUUACAUACAUUAAAUUUGGGCCAAAACAAAUUACAUGUAAUAGAAGACCAUGUAUUUAAUGGACUAUUCAUAUUGAAUAAACUUAAUUUAAAUAAUAAUGUAAUAUCAUAUAUCAGUGAAAACGCUUUUAAAAAUUGUUCCGAUUUAAAGGAAUUAGAUUUAAGUUCCAAUAAAAUGACUAAAGUUCCGGAAGCAAUUUUACAAUUAUCGUUCUUGAAAUCGCUAGACUUGGGGGAAAAUUUGCUAACUGAAAUAACGGACAAUUCAUUUCAAAAUUUAUCGCAGUUGACCGGGUUGCGUUUAAUCGACAAUCAAAUUGGAAACCUUACAGCGGGAAUGUUCUCAGGGUUGCCUAGUCUGCAAGUGCUUAAUUUGGCGAAAAAUAAAAUACAGUCUAUAGAGACCGAAACCUUUCAAAGAAACACGCAAUUGGAAGCCGUUCGGUUGGACGGUAACUUUAUUUCUGAUAUAAAUGGAGUGUUUGUAGCCUUAACGAAAUUGUUAUGGCUGAAUUUGUCAGAAAACCAUUUGGUGUGGUUCGAUUACGCCUUCAUACCCGGUAGCUUGAAGUGGUUGGAUAUUCAUGCCAAUUACAUUGAAAUAUUGGGUAAUUAUUACAAAAUUCAAGACGAACUGCACGUCAAAACUUUAGAUGCGAGUCAUAAUCGAUUGGUUACACUAUCUCCAAUGUCUAUACCGAACAGCGUGGAGCUUCUGUUUAUAAAUAAUAAUUUAAUAUCAAGUAUUGAAACGGAUACAUUUUUAGAGAAGAGAAAUUUGACGCGCGUCGAUAUGUAUGCCAAUGAGAUUGAAAGCUUAGACAUAAAUAGUUUGCGUAUAUCAAGAGUGGUCGAUGAUAGAGCGUUACCAGAGUUCUAUAUUAGUGCCAAUCCCUUUCGAUGCGAUUGCACAAUGAAAUGGCUACUACUGAUAAACUCGAUUACAACUAGACAGUAUCCACGUGUGAUGGAUUUAGAAAAUGUGAUAUGCAAAGAAUCAUUCGUGCGUGGCGUUAAAUACCUCCCGGUCAGUUCUUUGCUUCUCAAAGACUUUUUGUGUAAAUACGACUAUCAUUGCCCUGAUGAUUGUAGCUGCUGCGAUUUCAAUAACUGUAAUUGUAAAAUUGUUUGUCCAAAUAAUUGUUCUUGUUAUCACGACUCGGCAAAAUCCACUAGUGUUGUCGAUUGUUCUGUAAAACAAUUGAAAUUUGUACCAAAAAACUUUCCUACAGACUCUACUCAUAUUUAUUUAGAUGGAAAUGUUUAUACGGAACUAAACGAAACUGUUUUCAAUUCAAUGCAUGGAGCUUUCGUUAUAUAUUUGAAUUCUAGCAACAUCAUACAUAUUCAUAACAAUACUUUUAGUGCGCUGAAUAGUCUAAAAAUACUACAUUUAGAUAACAACAAAAUCAAACAAUUACAAGGCCUCGAGUUUUACAAGCUCAGUAACUUAAAGGAGUUAUAUCUCCAAAGCAAUGUGAUUGAAUAUAUAUCUAACGAAACAUUUAGUUCCCUCGGUGCUUUAGAAGUUAUACGCUUGGAUGGAAACAGACUCGUAAAUUACGGUUUGUGGCAUUUAGAUAAUAACAAGAAAUUGCAGACUCUAUUUAUUGGUAACAACUAUUGGUCGUGUGAUUGUAAAUACUUACAAGGCUUCCUAACAUAUGUAUCACAGAAUGUAGAGAAAGUCUUCGAUGUAAACAGUUUGUGGUGUUUCAAUGAAAAAAUGAAUCCAGCGAAGAAACCAUUGAAUUUGAAUAUUACAGUUUGCAGUGAGAUAGGUGAUAAUUCAGUUAUAAGUGCUUUUUUCGUGUCCCAAAACUUGCCAUUACUAGCGUCAGCUCUUACUGGAUUCAUGCUCAUUUUGUUAAUAUUAGCUUUAGUAUUCACGUUUAGAUUCGCUUGCAGAAUGUGGUUAUAUUCAAAUUGCGGUAUUAAGCUUUCCCCCCUUGCGGGCGCAUUUAAGGACGCUGAUAAGCUUUAUGACGCUUAUAUUUGUUAUAGCCCCAAAGACGAGGAGUUCGUCGUAGAAUCAUUAGCUCGGGAGUUAGAGAACGGUUAUCCGUCUUAUCAUCUAUGUUUACACUACAGGGAUGUGCCUCAAUUUGAGGCGACUUACGCCCAAUUUCCUGAUUUGGUGGUCGAAGCAACCGAGGCGUCGAGACGUAUUAUAGUAGUAUUAACAAAAAAUUUUAUCGUAACAGAAUGGUCACAGAUAGAGUUUCGACAGGCCCUUCAGAAGGCCCUUCGAAAGAACCCACAUAAAUUAAUAAUAGUCGCCGUGGGGCUCGUACCGCGAGAUCCGGAACUGAAGUCGUAUCUUAAAACUGGUUUGGAGAUAACAUGGAAAGAGAAACGUUUUUGGGAGAGAUUACGUUAUGCGAUGCCGCUAUCGAAGCGUCAUGGUCAGAAAUUAAAAAGACUUAAUUAUGGGAGGAAUUCCAAUACUUAUACUAUGGACGCGUCUGUGUUGAAUAGUACUUGUCAGACGCUUUGUGGGAAGUCUGCGAAUUCAGCCGAGCGGUCCCCUUGCGACCGUCCGCUGUCCGAACAUAUCUAUUCAACAAUAGAUUCGGAUUAUUCGUCCACUGAUUUCCAUGGGAGACACAAUCAGCCUCAAUCUGUGGUCUUACAGCACACUGUCCAAACAUACCUGGUAUAGAACCUCGGUAAACAUUAAUUCGCACUGUCGAUCUCGUUACAAUUGAUCUGUAAGUUUUAGACGUAGCCUUAGGCGACCGCUACGAACCUCUUUUGUUAUAGACGAUAAUCGUCAAUAUGUAAAUAAUAGAAUUUUAUAAUCUAUGUAUUUCUGAUAGUUUGUAACUUUUGUACAAUGAUACCAAAUUUUCGCAUUUCUACAGAUUUGCUUCUUCGUAUUUAUUACUUUUUUUAAUAAAAUAAAAACUUUUGAAGUAUUAAAUUGGAAAGACUGUAAAUUAUUAUGUACCUAGUAGUAAUUAUUUGAUUGGCCGAUGUUUGUAUAGAAUUGUAAUUAAAGAAGUUAUCUAAUGAAAGCCUAUGACGUGUUUUAGUUUCUUUCUCCCAUGUGGUUCAAUAUUGUUGUAUGAAAUCUUGUGAGAGUAGAAGCAUUAAAAUUACAAAUUUUAUCCCGUAUUCAAUUUAGUUUUUACGAGCAUGCCUAGAGGCGAAGCAGCUGGUCCAUAUUGUAAACAGAAUAAAAAGGAGUCGAAGUGCGACUCACAUAAUAAAAUAUAGGUUUCCGUAUGUGGCACUCGCAAGGUUUUAUUACCGCAAGUUUCACAUUUGUGUAUAUUAUACUCAAUAAAUAAGGGUAAAUGAAAGUG